GUCCCCACUACACUAGUGCACCCCAUCAUUUCAUUUGCAAACACUCAAAGACAUACGACUCCUAAAACUCAUUUCACAUUGCACUUUUCUUCUUUUUCUUAUUUUCUUUUGGGUGAAGGAGUGGGUGCGUCAACUUUCUAUUUUGUUUUGGAGUAUAAUUUACGAGAUAAUAGUGCGAUGGGUUUGUCGUAGUUAUUGAAAGUAGGCUGUUUGAUUGUUUCUACAUAAUGGGGAAUUGCUGGUGUAGAUGGGAACCUACAAUAUACAGAGUAUCAUCCAAUGCAAAGUCCGAGUCUACGAAGGAUCUAAGUCCAUCAGAAAAGGCAAGGAAAGACGACACUAAGCUACCAUCAAAUCCUGAGGAAGUGGAACACCUGCGUCGUAGUACAGCAGCUAAUCCACUUAUUGCUUUUACAUUUGAUGAGCUAAAGGCGAUCACUGGAAGCUUCAGACAAGAUCACAUGUUAGGUGGAGGAGGAUUUGGAAAUGUAUACAAAGGGCACAUUUCCAAAGAUUUAAGAGAAGGGAUCCAGUCAAUUACUGUUGCUGUCAAGGUUCAUGAUGGAGAUAACAGUUAUCAAGGUCACAGGGAAUGGCUGGCUGAGGUAAUUUUUUUGGGGCAGCUUUCUCAUCCAAAUUUAGUAAAAUUGAUUGGAUAUUGCUGUGAAGAUGAACACCGUGUUCUAAUAUACGAGUAUAUGUCUCGAGGGAGCGUUGAAAACAAUCUAUUUUCAAAAGUCUUGGUUCCCCUUCCAUGGUCUACCAGAUUAAAGAUAGCAUUUGGAGCAGCAAAAGGACUUGCUUUUCUGCAUGAAGCUGAGAAACCUGUCAUCUACCGGGAUUUCAAGACUUCUAACAUUUUACUGGACCAGGACUACAAUGCAAAACUCUCUGAUUUUGGUCUAGCUAAGGAUGGACCAGUUGGGGACAAAUCCCACGUUUCUACUCGCAUAAUGGGAACCUACGGAUAUGCUGCACCAGAAUACAUAAUGACAGGCCAUUUGAGUCCUAGAAGUGAUGUAUAUAGCUUCGGUGUGGUUCUACUUGAGCUUCUGACAGGAAGAAAAUCUCUGGAUAAAUCCAGACGAGCUCGUGAACAAAAUCUUACCGAUUGGGCUAUCCCUCUUGUGAAAGAAAAGAAGAAAUUGCUUGAUAUUGUGGACCCAAGACUAGAAGGUGAUUAUCCCAUAAAAGGAGUUCAAAAGGCAGCCAUGCUUGCUUACCAUUGCUUAAAUCGAAAUCCAAAAGCAAGACCACUAAUGAGAGACAUAGUAGAUUCCUUAGAGCCUCUUCUGGUCCCUGAUUUUGAGAAGUCUACUUUUCCUGUUACAAGGAAGAUCUCCAACUCAUCAAUUUAAGUGAUGCACAGUGAAUUAGAAAUAUUACUUGUUUUCCAAAGCUUCUUCAGCUUUAGUUUAUAGAAGGUUUCUGUAUAAUGAAUAUGAUUCAUGUUCCAUUUUAUUUUAUUUUAUUAUUUUAUUUUUAUUUUUUUGAGAACAAAAAGAGAUGUUUAUAUACGUACUUGUUUCUUGUGA